AUGAAGAUUAUCACCAUCCUAACAAUAAUAACCUUCUGUUUUGUCUUUCCUUUCGUCUUUGCAAACCUAAGGCUUGGCUUCUAUGGUGUCAGUUGUCCAAAAGCAGAGGCAAUUGUUCGUGAUGUUGUUCAGAGGCAUUUCAACAAAGACAGAUCCAUAACCGCCGCCUUGCUUCGCAUGCACUUUCAUGAUUGUUUUGUUCGAGGUUGUGAUGCGUCACUGCUAAUAGAUCCAACGGGGAACAGGUCAUCGGAGAAAGAUGCAGUGCCGAACCGAACUGUUCGAGGAUACGACAUCAUUGACGACGCUAAGAGUAUUUUGGAACGAGCUUGCCCUGAAACGGUGUCGUGUGCAGAUAUCAUAUCACUGGCGACGAGAGACGCAGUGGCUCUAGCCGGCGGACCAAGUUACAAUGUCCCGACGGGAAGAAGAGACGGGUUAGUUUCGAACCCAAGAGAAGUGAGACUUCCGUCGCCGACACUGUCGGUAUCGGAAGCUAUGCAGUCGUUCGGCGCAAAGGGGUUUUCGCUGAUAGAAAUGGUGACGCUGGUGGGAGGAGGACACUCAGUUGGAGUGGCGCAUUGUAGCAUGUUUCGCGAGAGGCUUUCGAGCUUUCGAGGAGGAAGUGUUGAUCCCACCAUGGAUCCUGAUUUGGAUGCAAGGUUGGUGCAGUUAUGUGGAUCGUCGAACCGGCCGGCCACGAACGAUCCGACCGUGUUUUUGGACCUAAACACGCCGUUUGCGUUUGAUAAUAGAUUUUAUAAUCAAAUUCUUGAGAGGAGAGGCAUACUUCACUUCGAUCAGCAGCUCGCUAUGGACGAAUCAUCGAGAGACAUGGUUUCGCGUUUUGCGACGGAUGGUGAUAUCUUGUUUCAGAAUUUUGCAAAUGCGAUGAUAAAAUUGUCUGCUGUUAACGUUUGGCUUGAUAAUGAAGGAGAGAUUCGAAGGAAUUGCAGGGCUUUUAAUUAAUAAUCAAUUAAUUAAUUCCCUCUUUAUAGAAUGAAUGAAUGAAUGA